UGUGGGUUUAGUUGAGUGAACUGCGAUAGUUCCGCGUACGAGUCAAAUAUUUCGCACAUUCACACAAAGUAGUAUUUAUUGCCCGUACAUUUAUAAUGUUAACAAGAACCUAUGAAGAUGUCGCGUCGAUGUAAAUAAAUCACAAGUCUGUAAUAUCCUUGAACACAUUAGCUCAUCAAACAGUAGUGUUUGCGCUACUCGAGUACUGAGCGAGUACUACGCAGUGUGUGUAGUGUACUGGUGCAUAGUCAGUAGUUGCUGGUCAGUAGUGCAGGAGUGUGGCCGCAGAGAGCAUGAGUCGCGUGUUGUUGGUGUGUGUGUGUGUGUGCGCGUGUGUGCGCGCGUGUGUGGGUGUGUGGGUGUGGUCCAGUUUCUGGGCGCCGCUAGUGGACCGCCGCCUCCUCAACUACCGCGUCGACGCUCGCUUCGACCCCGACACUGCCCGCCAGGGGAGGGAACAGUAUGCAGCGCGCUACGGGUACAGGGGAGAGAAGCUCAUUGCUGAUAUUGGGAAUGGGAAGGGGCUUUCUGAUGAGCCCAGAGAUACACAGAUGUAUGGAGAUGUUAAAUUUCAAUACACUUGAGUAGCUACAGCCUGGAUGUUUGCAGUAAUCAGUACUCCUGGUGUAAUAAUCAUCACUGAGUGGACCUGGAGCCCACCAAC